AUGUCCAGUAAGAACCUCUCCGGGUGGCAGAUGGCCAUGCUUGCGUUUCCUGAACUGCUAUCUCCGAUGAGCGACAACUCAUCGAACAAAAAUGAGACGAACCCGAAGAAGGGGCGGGCUGCUCCUACGGAGCUGACCAAAGACGCCAGGCGUACGAAGCUGGGUGACACAAAGACACUGUCCAAGAAGAGAGACGACACAAAGAAGAAAUCAGCCUCCCCUACCAAGCCGACUGAAGAAGUCAAAAUUUCGAAGCUGGCAGAUACAAAGAAGAGGCCAGACGCGAUGAAAGACGCAAAGAAGAAACCGGUCUCUCCUACUAAACAAACUAAAAGCGUCAAGAUUCCGAAGUCGGACAACAAAGGAGCAGUAUCUGACGACAAGAAGGCCAUGAGAAAAAAACCCGUCUCUCGUACCAAGCCAGCUGCUAGCGUCGAACUCCCGGAGUCUGACGGUACAAAGACGACGUCUGGCGAGAAGAGAGCCACAAGGACUAAAUCGGUGUCUUCUGUUGCCAAGCCAACCAAUAACAUCAAAGUUCCGAAGUUGGAUGACAUAAAGACCGUGUCUGACGACAAAAAAGCCACAAGGAAGAGAUCCAUCACUACUGCCGAUUCAACCAAAGUAGUCAAGAAGCGCCGGGUUGGAUCAAGCCCCACGAAGGCAACGAGCGACAAGAGAAGAUCGGUGGAUGUAAAAAAAGAGGGAAAAACUGCGACCCUCAAGAAGCGAACAAACAUCAACGUCCGUAAGGAGAAACUGUCAACGAUCACCGGAAAUGAGUCCGACGGCGGUACGAAAGACAAAGAGAAUAAUGGAAUUACUUCACGCAGGCGCACAAGAAGCAUGAGUCGUCAGCUAGAGGCACAAGGUGCGGAAGCGUCGGACGACCCCGAAAAGGGCAUGCUGGAGAGGCUGCCCCCCAGGGCAAAGAAAACGAAACAUGUCAAGCGCCGGCAGUCGAUGGACCUUCACGAAAUGUUGGGUAUCACGAAAAAUCCCAAAAAGGAAGUAGCGACACCCAAGCGGAAGAUGUCGAGCGACGAAGAGACAUCAGAAGAUUACGAGAAGUCUAGAAACACUCGGCCCCUGCCAGGGGUGGUGACAAACCCUUCAGUGCCGGCAUACAAAUAUUACAAUCGUCGCGGACAGGAGAAGGAUUCUUACGCGAACAAAUUAAGGUCCAUGACCGCGAUGCUUGCCCGAAAGCCGGGGGGAGGUCGAAGACGGUAG